UCAAAUCUAUGGACCAGCUAUGUUAAUGAAAGUUGUUAAUUGCUUUAUAUAGAAUGGUGAAUUCUGAGGAAGAAGCAGCUGGUGUGUUGAGCCACUUCUAACUGAGAACUGAAAAUGCCAGCAGUUGAAAGUGAGGCAAAGGCAAAAACCAAAGUCCGCUUUGAGGAAAUCUUCAGGCGUCAUGCUGGCCUAACAGACACAAAGAAAUCAAAGAAAAAGAAGUUUCACUCCCAAGAGAGUAUUGUGCUUGACACUUUCAGAAGUAAUAUUGAUUUAGCUAAGGAGAGUGCAAAUGAUGAAACAAUUAUAAACAACACAUACAAUCCUGAAGAAGAGAGCCCCCGAUUUACGAAAAAUAAACUGAGAGAGAAAGCUUCAAUUGCAGAGAAAAUAAACAAUGAUAUUGUUAGUGGAGAGGAGAACAAGAAACCCAAGUCUAACAAGAAGAAAAAGAAAUCACUUUUACAAGAACAGUUUAAUGAGGAGGAAAAUUUAUAUGAAGCUAAAUUGGAGAGUUUUGAGAAAAAGACUAAUGAUUUUCCAAAGAAGAAAACAAAAAGUAAAUUGCAAACAGAUGUACCUCAUCAAGAAGGUGAUAGAAAGAUUAAAAAUUCCUUGGGUGAAGUAAGAAAUGUAACUGAAUUAGAAGAGGAAGAAGAGCUAAUUCGAGCUUAUCAGCUGCAUGUGGCUGAGGAGGAAGCAAAUGCAAUUAAAAAGAAAAUAAGAACGAAACUUAAAGAACAGAUGUCUGAAUUUACCUCCACUGUUCAAAGCCAUGAAGUUGUAUUGAACAGUGAAGUGGGCAAAAAGAAGAAAAAGAAAAAAGAAAGAGCAGUUUCAAGUGAGGCUGAAACAAGUGCAAUGUCCCUUUCUGAGCUACAGCAUCAUCCAGCAGAAGCUGGCAAUGAAAAUCAUUCAUUGGAAAGAUCACUCACACUAGAAGGACAGAAAUUGGAUGAAAGUGUGGAGAAACAGAAACCUAAAGCAAAGAAGGUUAAAAAGAAAACCAGAAAAGAAGAAACCACAGAAGUUGCUGCAGAAAAUGAUGAGAUGAAAUUUGGUUUUGGUGAUGAUCUUGUGUUAGGAGUUUAUAUCCAUCGAUCUGAUCGACUUAAAACUGAUCUCCUGGUAUCUCAUCCCAUGGUUAAAAUUCAUGUUGUUGAUCAGAGAAAUGGCUUAUAUGUCAAGAAGGAUCAUAGCAACAGGAAAGUUUCAUCUUACUAUGAACAAGAACAAAUAGAGCAUGUUCUUCCUAUUAUGACACAACCAUAUGACUUCAGACAGUCUAAAUCAACAAUUCCAGAGUGGGAGGAACAAGUUAUAUUUAAUGAGCGUUUUAGUUAUUUUAUUGAAAACACUGAAGAAAGCCCUCGAGUAAUCCUGUUUUUUGAGAUCCUUGAUUUUCUAAGUAUGGAUGAAGUGAGAGCCAACUCUGAUGUACGGAUUCAAGAACGUGGUUUUCGAAAAAUUUGUUGGGCAUUUCUAAAGCUUGUAGGUGCAAAUGGAGUUCUAAACGUUGGUGGAAAACUCCGUCUGCAAUUAUAUUACCCACCUCCAAGAAUCAAGUCACAUUCAGAUGUUGUUGAGGUAUAUGACUGGUGGGCAAAAUGUCCUAGAAAUCGUUAUCCAUCAACUUUAUAUGUAACUGUAAGAGGCAUAAAACUGCCAGAUCAUGUUGCUCCUUCUUACCGCUCUAUGGUAGCUGUUCAGCAUAGUGCAAUGCUGUGUGAGCUUCAGAGAGAAGAAUCUAAAAACUCAUGUGAACCUCUGCCACAGGAGAAAAAGGAGCCAUUUAAAUGGACAAGGUUGCCUGGACAGGCCUGCCGCAUACCCAACAAGCUCCUGCUCUCACUGCGAGGGGGAGACCUGGGCUGCUUCUCCCUCCGCUUCUCUCACGACGGGAGAACGCUGGCAGCAGCAUGUGCUGGAAAGAAUGGCUACCCCAUCCUCUUGUAUGAAAUUCCUUCUGGACAGUUCCUGAAAGAAUUUAAUGGUCACCUUAACAUCGUGUAUGAUCUUUGCUGGUCGAAAGAUAAUCAAUGCCUUCUUACUGCAUCAUCUGAUGGCACUGUCAGAAUGUGGAAAAUAGAAAUGCAGUCAGCAUCUGCAGUGAGAGUUUUCCCUCAUCCUUCAUUUGUUUACACUGCAAAGUACCACCCAGUUGCUGACUCCUUGGUUGUGACAGGAUGUUAUGACUCAGUGAUUAGAGUCUGGAAAGCAAAUGUAAAAGAAAUCCAUGGGCAACUGCUGCAGGAGCUUGACGGUCACAAAAGUUUCAUCAACACGCUUUGUUUUGAUACAGAAGGGCUCCACAUGUUCUCAGGGGAUAGUUCAGGACUGAUAAUAGUUUGGAAUACAUCUGUUGAAGGAAGUUCUCAGCACCUGUUUCAGCACUGGACAAUAAACAAGGAAAUAAAAGAAAAUGAUAUUAAAGGAACACCAAUAAGUCAUUUGGAGGUGCAUCCAAAUGGAAGGCGUUUAUUAAUCCAUGCCAAAGACAGUACCCUGAGAAUCAUGGAUCUCAGAAUCUUGGCUACAAAGAAAUACAUAGGUGCUACAAAUUACAGAGAAAAGAUUCACAGCACCUUAACACCGUGUGGUACGUUCCUAUUUUCUGGAAGUGAAGAUGGAAAGGCUUAUGUUUGGAAUCCAGAAACAGGAGAUCAGGUGGCUAUAUAUUCUGAACUCUCCUUUACGUCUCCACUUCGUGAUGUUGCCUUUCAUCCACAUGAACACAUGGUGUCAUUUUGUGCCUUUGGUCAAAACCAGCCAAUACUUGUCUACAUUUAUGAUUACAAAGUUGCACAACAGGAAGCUGAACUUGUAAAAGAUCUCAGUUCAUCACUUACCACAGCUGCACCAAGAGGGCCACAGUUCUUUAGCAGUUUUUCUGAAGUUCCUGUGAAAAAAAGUUCAGUGAUGUCUCCAGCAGAUCAGUUUGUCAGUGUUGCAAGAGCAUCAAUGAGAAUGCAGAAGGUGAAACAAAAACUUGAUUCUGUUGUGGCGAGCUCAAAUCUCUUGCUUCCUGCGCCAUCAUCACUGUCACCACACUCCAAGCUAAGACUGCCAAGCACUCUGAGCCCUCCACUGAAUCCUCUGUAUUCUUUCACUACUAAAAGUGGGUGUUUCAGCCCAGUAGGAAAUCCUCUUAGCCGAACACUAUUGGGUAGACUACAGACGAAUGAUGACUGCCUGACUGCACUGGGGGUGAGAGGAGGAACCAGUUGUCCACUAGGGCAAGAGACAGUAGUGGCUCUUUAUGACUACACAGCGCAUCGAUCAGAUGAGCUAACCAUCCAUCGCAGUGACAUUAUCCAAGUGUUAUACAAAGAUAAUGAUAACUGGUGGUUUGGCAGCCUAGCAAAUGGACAGCAAGGCUAUUUUCCAGCUAAUUAUGUGGCUGGUGAAAAAGAGUGUGAAGAACAAAAUUCAGGAUCAGUACAAGAUUCUGCCACUCUCCUACCUGAAGGACCAACAGAAGCAGUGGAAGGUUCUCCAGCACUACAUAAGAUGUCACCAGUCAUCAGUAAGUCAAGGGACCUAAAACUUGGCUCAGAACUUGACACCAAUAGAGACUCACCCACAACACAAGGUGCAAAGAAAAAGAAGAAAAGGAUACAGAAGAAUGAGAGAGAAAGUCAGCACAACUUAAUGGGUCUUGAUACUCCUGUAUCAUCAGUUACAGCUAAUGGUGUUGAAAAUGAACCCACAGCCUGUGGGAUGCAAUUGAAGAAGAAGAAAAGGGUAGUGAAAGGCUCAAACUUAAGCACAAAUGGAAAGACAAAUAUUGCCUUUGAGCCUGAAUGCUGUGACACGUAG